AUGCCUGCUCCACACGGUGGUAUAUUACAAGAUUUGAUCGCUAGAGAUGCAUCUAAGAAAGACGCUCUAUUAAAAGAAGUUCAAAAAGGUAAAUUAACCCAAUGGUCUCUUACUGCGAGACAAAUCUGUGAUAUUGAAUUGAUCUUGAACGGUGGUUUCUCUCCAUUAACAGGGUUCUUGAAUGAAAAGGAUUAUCUAGGUGUCGUCAACAAUUCUAGAUUAGCUGACGGUACUCUAUGGACUAUGCCAAUUACCUUAGAUGUCGACGAAAAAUUCGCCUCUUCAGUUUCAUCCAAUUCAAGAAUCUUACUUUUACAAGAUAAUGAAAUCCCAAUUGCCAUCUUAACGGUAGCUGAUGUUUACAAACCAGACAAACAAUUAGAAGCUAAGAAUGUAUUUAGAGGUGAUCCAGAGCAUCCAGCUAUUCGUUAUUUAAAUAACAUUGCUGGUGACUAUUACAUCGGUGGUUCUUUGGAAGCCAUCCAAUUGCCACAACAUUAUGACUACCCAGGUCUUCGUAAGACUCCAGCUCAAUUAAGAUUGGAAUUCCAAUCUAGACAAUGGGAUCGUGUUGUUGCCUUUCAAACUCGUAAUCCAAUGCACAGAGCUCAUAGAGAAUUAACAGUUAGAGCUGCAAGAGAAACUAACGCUAAAGUCUUGAUCCAUCCUGUUGUGGGGUUAACCAAACCAGGUGAUAUUGACCAUCAUACACGUGUACGUGUUUACCAAGAAAUUAUCAAACGUUAUCCAAAUGGUAUCGCCUUCUUAUCUUUAUUACCAUUGGCUAUGAGAAUGGGUGGUGAUAGAGAAGCUGUCUGGCACGCAAUCAUUAGAAAGAACUAUGGGGCUACUCACUUUAUUGUUGGUAGAGAUCAUGCAGGUCCAGGUUCUAACUCUAAAGGUGUUGAUUUCUAUGGUCCAUAUGAUGCUCAAGAAUUAGUUGAAUCAUACAAGCAUGAAUUAGACAUACAAGUCGUUCCAUUUAGAAUGGUUACUUACUUACCAGAUGAAGAUCGUUAUGCUCCAAUUGAUGAAAUUGAUACUACUAAGACUAGAACUUUGAAUAUUUCUGGUACUGAAUUAAGGAAAAGAUUGAGAGUUGGUGGUGAAAUCCCAGAAUGGUUCUCAUAUCCUGAAGUUGUUAAAAUCUUGAGGGAAUCAAAUCCACCAAGACCAAAGCAAGGGUUUGCUAUUGUAUUAAGCGAUUCUUUGAACGUUGCGCGUGGUCAAUUGUCAAUUGCUUUACUAUCCACUUUCCUACAAUUUGGUGGUGGUAGACAUUAUAAAGUUUUUGAACACGAGAAUAAUGGUAAACUAUUGGAACUAAUUCCUGAUUUUAUCCAAGGUGGUUCUGGUUUAAUCGUUCCAAACCAAUGGAGCAUUGAUAACUAUUCUUAUGGUGCAAGCAAUAACGUUUACCAUUUAGGUACUUCCGCUGACUCUGAUAUUAAAUUAGAAGCUGCUGAUGAAUCUAUCUUCCACAUCGUUCAAAAAGUCGUUUUGUUCUUGGAAGACAAUGGUUUCUUAGUUUUCUAA